AUGUCGGACUUUUUAGGAGCCCGUAUCUCCCUCAUUUCCAAGAGUGACAUUCGGUACUCUGGCAUUCUGCACAGCAUCAGCUCAGAGGACUCGACCGUGUCGCUCGAAAAUGUCGUCUCGUACGGCACGGAAGGCCGCAAAGGCAAGCCCGAAGACGAGAUUGCACCCGCCGACCAGAUCUACGAGUACAUUGUGUUUCGUGGCACCGAUGUGAAGGACCUCCGUAUCGAGGAUGGUAACUCUGCACCGCCCGCCCAGGUGCCAAACGACCCAGCGAUCCUUGGUUGA